AUGCAUAGGGAAGUCCAGGACCUUCUCUCUUUCAUUGAACCGUUUUCUUGCGGAGCUAUCUCUUCACCGGAUACUAUUCGAUGGCCUUUACAUUCAUCAGGAAUUUUCUCAGUCAAAUCUUUCUACUCUGUUCUGAAUUCUGGAGGGUGCAAAUCAAGGUAUUUUAAUUUCAUUUGGAAAUCUCCUAUCCCUCUGAAAGUUAAAGUCUUCUUCUGGCUUGUCAGCAAUCAAAAACUAAACACCAUGGCCAACCUAGUCUCCAAGGGAUGGAACGGUGACCCUAGAUGUCCAUUUUGCAAUUUAGAAGUGGAGAGUCAGGAUCACUUAUUCAUCUCAUGUUCUUUUGCAUCCUCUAUCUGGUCCAUUCUCUUCCCUAAUAUCAGUGCCGGCUCUUGGCCUCUUUCCAUGAAGGACUUAAUCCUCCUCAAUGACUCCUCGGUUUUCAAUAGAGACAUAACAAGUAUUUGCAGAAUAGUGCUUCCAUGUUGUUAUUGGUGGAUUUGGAACAGCCGUAACUUCCUCAUAUUUAGAGAUAUACAGUAUAACUCGAACCUUAUUGCAGCUAAUAUUGUUAGAUAUACUCUCUUGUGGGCAGGUGCUCAGGAAGAUAGGUUGGCUAAAAGGAUUCGUAGGGCAACUAUCAAGCUGCAGUUUGAAGAUAUAGCAAAGAAGAAACCGGCAGCUGAAGUGGGAGACAAUUUUUCAGCAGACUAG